UGUUUAGAAGUACUAGGUAGUCGUUUUGACGUAUGUCAUGGGUAUCACGCUAAAUUUUUGGAUAGAAAAGCAUAAACUUAAGUAAAAUUAAUUUAAUUAAUAUAAAAAAACCUCUGCUAAUAUAUAAUGGCUACUUACGACAAUAAAGCCUGGCUACUUAAAAAUGUACGUGACGCGUUUAUUGCUACCGACGACACUGGUCUAUGCGAAAUUGUCAUGGCAGGUGAGGAUUUCUCCAAAAUAUUUCAAAAUAAAGCACUGGAAGAGAGGAAACGUGAACGGGAUAAAAUAUUUUAUGAACCGAGUACUAGUAGAGGGAAAGAUACAGGCACAGAUGAUGAUGAGGAUAGAGAUUUAGUUACUCGAUUUGAUCCUUAUCCCGAUAUGGAAGACAGUGAUGAAGAUGAACCAUGCCCCAGCUAUCCACGAUUUACAGACGAAAUGGCUCACAGACAAAGAUCUAACACAGCACAAUGGCUGGAUAAAAAGGAACUAGCUUUAAAAAAGGCAGCUAAAAUUAAAGUAGUGAAAUGGGAAGAUCCAGUAUCACCACUCACUCCAGAACAGAUGGCAGAAGUUUUUGCAAAAAUUGAAGUGAAAAAACCAGAAAAAAAGAAAUCUUUGUUAGCAGAGCAACUAGAAAACUGCCCUGAUCUUCCACAUCGUCAAUAUCUGGAGUAUGCAAAGUUUGAUGGCACAGCACAAUUAGGACUACCUAUUAAAUCUUUCAAGAUAUUUAUGACAGUCAUUCCAGAGAAACAUCAGAACUACCCUUUAAUUGUAUGUGUCAUAGCUAAUGCUAAGAUUAAAGAUCUAAUUGGUUUCACUUGCUACAAAUACAGCAUAGACCAUCCAGAAGUAACACUUGGAUCUGUGCAUGACUAUGGGCUUUGUAUAGCAGAGGAUGACGGAGAGGUUGACUGGGCGUUUCCUUGCCUCGACAACAAUGAACCAUGCUCGAAAUUUGGUUUCACAUGUCUUGGACUAAUAGAUAUCAAACGGAAAGAGAAUAUAGUACAUUGUCCUAUACCCUAUGAUUUGAAUUCAGCAUUCCAAUGUUUUCCAAAAGCUUCAGUAUCUGGACAAAGUCAUGUAAAUACGUCAAGACAAAAUACAGGGGGAAGUGACACAUCUGAAAUUAUAAAAGCUAUGAACACUGUUAGUGAAGGUAAUAAAGGUAUUGGACAUCAACUGAGCAUAGAUGCUUCACAGGAUAAACUUUAUAGAGUCCAGUUAUUACAUAAAGUGCGUGCAAACACACCCGUCCAACUUGGAAUCACUCUAGAUACAGUAGAGGUGGUACCACUAGUAACAAAUAAACAUGCUUUCUGGGCACGGCCAAAGUACUUCCUACACAGCAUAAAUUCAGUAGCAUGGUGUCAAAUAUUAGAGGCAAAAAGCAACAAAACUAUAUUUAGAAUAGUUUAUUCACCUACUCAUGAUACAGCAUUCAAUGAUAGAAAUGCUACAGUUAAUGUGAGUUCAUACACAAACACAAUAUACAAGAAACAUGAUUUUGAGACUGAACAUGAUACUGCUAGAAAAAUUGUGGAGAAAGUGAAUACAAUUCUUGAUCUACGAAAUAGUCCAUGUCGUCGAGAAUACAAAAUGGUGAAAGAGAAAAAACUACAGACCAGAAGAAGUUUUCACACAAAGCAUCUAAGUUGAGUGAUGGUGUCCUUAUUGUUGUUAUUAAGCUGAAAGUUCCUGAACAUUUUUUUUUAUGACUGAGAAUUUGAGGUACAUUUAGAAUUUCUAUCAAACCCCAUUAAGUCCUAGACGAGCACAAUAAGCUUAAUGUUUAUAAAACAAUUCAAUUCUUUAAAAAAAAUAUUAGUUAUCAUUAAACAUAUAAAAAUAUCAUAAUUCAUAUUAAGAUAACUAGUCAAAAAUUAUUGUUAAGAAAAAUAUGUGUAAUUAAAUUUCUUAUUUCAAACAUAAGCUGUACCUCUAAUUAGCGAUAUUAAAUAGUUGUAAUUAUUGCUGCCAGAAGAAAUUAGUAACUGCCAUAAAUUUGCGUGCGUUUAAAUAUUCCUUUUAAUUGAAUAAUUACACUUCUGUUUAAUUUGUAUUGAAAUAUAACAUCUAAGUAAUUGUAAUAUACAAAUGACUUGAGAAUGGUCUGAAGUAUGUACAAAAUAUUUAUUUGCAUUUUUUUUUUAUAUUUUUAUCUAUAUACAUAUAAAAUACAGUUUGUAUUUGAUCUUUAAAAGGAAUAUUCAACGUACACAAUCUAGUGUCCAAAUAUAAGAAAUGGUCCAUAUUGGUGCCUCAACUAGGAAACAAUGCAUUUUAGCGAGGGUGGAACCCUUUGCUGGUGUUGAGUACACAAGCAAACAUUAACUGAUUUAAAUGAUAUUUUACUAUGAGUUUUACGGAGACAACUGUUAAUGUGUUCAUAAAUAGUGAUAAAUUAAAAUUCUAACAGAAUACUUAAUUUUAAUGAUUAUAUUUUUUUAAUAUGACUCAAUUUCUAUUCCUAUAUACAGAACUAAAACGUUAAAUUUAAAGCAAUUAAUUUUUAAUAAUCUCCUUAAAACUUAGCGUAGAAUAUAUUGAGAAUUGUAAGUAAUUAAACAUAAUUCUGUUGAUGUUGUAAAAUUAUACAUUUUUAUAAUUUUGUAAUAUUUGAUGUGUAAUGUAAAUAAUUGUGUGGGUUAUGUUGUUGCUUAAGUUGUCAUAACUUAUUUUUAUUUUUAAGAUUAUUUUUCCUUUAUUUUUUAAACAAAAUUCAACACUAUUAGAUGUAAGAUUCUCUGUACUAAAACUAGAAUUUCUUAUCUUACAGGUAAUUAAGUCAUUGACAUUUAUAUUCAGUUUCAAUUAAAUUCCUUAAAUAUUUUUAAAAAUGAUGCUAUUCUAAUUGGAAAUCUAAUGAAAUAUAAUACAAAUCUAAUUAUUCCAAUAUCCUGUAAUAAUUAUAAUCUUAAAAUGUAACUUUUAAAUGUAAUUUUGUCUAGUGUUGUCCACAUUUAAAGAUAUAAUUUUAUUAUGUUCUAUGUGAAUCAACUUGUAUGAAUCUAAUUAUAUAUAUAAAUGAAAUAUUGAAAUAAAAUUGUUAUGAAUGAUUA